AUGACGUUCGACCACUUCUUUGUUGCAGGCCUCGAGAAAGACGACGGAGAUGUUUGGGGCGACGACGAAACAGAAUGGCGAAACUCACUCACUCGCUACGGCAUCAACAGCGACACGCAAGAUGCCAUUAUGGACCCCGAAUUCAAACACCUUCGCUUGGCUCAGUCUGCACGGUUCUGGGCUAAAGACACCGUCGAGAUGCGCUACGCCUGGUUGCAAAGAUGUGCAAACAAUUCCACGGCACCUCCGCCCCUACAAUCGUCAACAGCGAAUAACGAUGGCCAGGCACCCAACAACAUUCUGCCUGAAGGUAGUCGUGGGCCUCCGUACAAACUGAAACUGUACAAAGCUGCAGACUUGGGUCGUGCCCAUCGGCUCUUCGACGAGAACGGAGCGUUUGAGUGUAUCGCGGAUCUUCGAAGUCCUGCUCCUUCAGACUUCUCUGGACAUUCAUCAGCAUUCUACUUCAGCCCCGAUAUCGAGGUCGCCCAACUCGAAGGCGCUUACGCGAAGCGCAGGGCGAGUCGCUCAUCAAUCGCGCUCAUACAGAUAACGAUACCAGUCGAUGAGAUUGACAAGCUGCCAGACGAAGAGGUUCUCUCUGGCCUGCACUGGACGGACCUCCUGUGGAAACAACUAGUCUGGUCAUCUCGAAGAGGAGAGAUUCUAUCGGGCGACCUCCGCGAAUAUCGCGGAGUUACUAUCAUCGUUGGUACUAAGGCUCGAUUGCCGAACGCAGUUUACAGUAAGACGGAAUCUCCAACAGAUAUCAAGAAGGAUCGUGUCUACAUGGUCACCGAAAAGUUUGAGUCUCCGUCGGCAAUUCAGUGGAUGUUUUCAGCUGAGGGUGAGGGUUUCUUGAGAGAUCACGGCUGCUUCAAAGUCGUUAGCUAUUUCUAA